AUGGAGCUGGUCUACCACAAUUCACCAAGCCUAGUCGUAGAGCCUCAUCACUAUAGUGGAGGGGUGCCAGUAUUCACGCCUACAAUGGCGCAAUUUGAAGACUUUUACGCUUUCAACAAAGCAAUCAACAAGUAUGGUAUGGAACUGGGUAUAGUCAAAGUGAUACCACCACCAGAGUGGAAGAGCUCGCUACCUAAGUACUCACAGAAAGCUUUGGAGAAGAUAAAGAUAAAGAACCCGAUUAUUCAGCAUAUUAACGGCAGUGGAGCAGGUGUGUAUUCGCUGCAGAACAUCGAAAGGCUGAGGACAUAUUCCAUUGCGCAAUGGAAAGAGCUUCUGAACCAGUCGAACUUCCAGCCUCCAGCGCCCAGAGGAAAGGUACGGGAUACAGAUAAGGCGCUAAGUGACAAGACAUCGCCUGAGGCAAUGCAAGUGCAUCUGCCACCGCAGUCACCGGAGCAAAACCACCGAAAAACACACAGGGUUGGAGUACCACCACUGCCAGUGCCAGAGAGACAGCUAAGGAAGCGCUCGGACAGCGUGACCGGGGCAGACAGCCACCUUCAGAAACAACAUGCAAAGGCAGCCAAACAUCAGCAACAAUUGCAGAAUAAUUUCAAGAACUAUAACAUUGAUACAUCCAUUUUCACAGAAGAAAGGUGUGAGCAGUUGGAAUCCAAUUACUGGAAGACAUUGACCUACGCAGAACCCAUGUAUGGAGCAGACUCGCUUGGUUCGCUCUUCCCGCCAAACUUUAAGACUUGGAAUGUUGCACAUCUUCCUAACAUCUUAGAUCUCUUAGAUGCCAAGCUCCCAGGGGUGAAUGAUGCCUACUUGUACGCUGGUCUAUGGAAGGCAACCUUUUCGUGGCAUUUGGAGGACCAAGACUUGUAUUCUAUCAACUAUUUACACUUUGGUGCACCAAAGCAGUGGUACUCUAUACCUCAAGCUCAGGCCAGUAAGUUUUACAACUUAAUGAAAGAUUCAUUCCCAGAGGAUAGUAGAUCGUGUCUGGAAUUCCUCAGGCAUAAGACUUAUAUGAUGUCUCCUCAGUGUUUAGCCAAACAUGGUAUAUCUGUAAAUAAAAUCAUUCACAGAGAAGGCGAGUUUAUGAUCACCUAUCCCUAUGGAUAUCACUCCGGAUUUAACUACGGAUACAACCUUGCAGAGUCUGUUAAUUUCGCCAUAGAUGACUGGUUCCCCUUUGGUGAGAGUUCCAAAAAGUGUGAGUGUAUAAACGAUUCUGUGGGUAUCAACGUGAAGAUGUUGUACUGUAAGUUCAAAGGAAUUGAUUAUGAAUUAGAAGAAAAGAAGAGGAAGGAAGCAGAAGCGAAAGCAAAAGAAGAAGAAGAAAAAGAACGAAUAGUACUGGAAAUGAAUUCCACUGGAAAUGAAAAGGUCGCUAAGUUUAGGAAGAAGAAGAGUCCAAUUAAUAAAGUUAAAGCCGAGGAUGAUGCUAGAGUAGAAUCCAGAGUUCGACCAAAACAUACCCUGAGUCCAGUAAUUCCUGACCCUCCUCAAAAGGUCAUUGAAAGAAUAGAAAUCAACUACCAAUGCUUGUUAUGUCCAAACAACUUGGCAAAGUCACUUACAAAGUUAAAACCAUUUCAGCUUCUUGAUACUGAAUUCCCGGACAAGAAAGUCCAUAGAAUAUGUGCACAGCAAUUUAAGGAAUUGAAAGGUAUAGAGGUAGGAACUGUGAAGGGGUUCUCAGAAAUCACGAAAGCUCAAAGUGAUUUAAGGUGUUUAGCAUGCCAACCUAGUAUAUCCAAGAAGAAGCAGGCACAAACUGAUGGAUACCCUCCUCAUGGUGCUUGUUUCCAGUGCGAGCAUCCAAAAUGUGUUAGGUCGUACCAUGCAACUUGUGCCAUAGGAAGUGGGUUUUCUUUUUCUGAUGGAGGGAACAACAGAUGUAAAUUCCACAGAGGCAAGGUUGUAUAUCAUAAAUGUAAUCAAAUUAAAAGUGACAGAAUCGCUAAAGUAAUGAGAAAUAGUGUCAUUCAGUUUACAACCUUGAACAGGGACACUUUCAGUGGGUUGGUUGUUGCCAAUAUUCCAGAGGAGAGCGUACUUCACGUUACAGCCUUUCCACAGAUGAAGGAAAGAAUAGAAGUUCCGUACGACAAUGUGCUAAUGAGCGACGACGUGAAAAUCGACACAACUCAAAAUGCUGUCUUAUUGUAUGAAAGGAAGAAGAAAGUCAAAGAAGACAUGGGAGCCAACGCUAAUGAAAAUAAAAUCGUAAAACGAUUACUGCCAGUACCUAUAUUUGUCAAUGUUCUGAAGGAUGAUAUCCUUGAUAUGGCACGCUCCGAGGUAGCGCAAGAAUUUUCAGGAAUUAACUUGCCCGCCCCAAUAAUCUUGCUCAAUGGAAACUUUAUAAUAGCUACUGUUUCUCCACAGUUAUAUGGGAAUGAGGUGGCGAGACCCAACGAAUGGUGGUAUUAUGUACAUAAACAGUCAACUGAUACAAUCGGCAGAUACACAAACAAUUAUAAAUCGAGAACACCCAAUGACCCCAAUUACUUGAAAUCAGUAGAGAGGAAAAAGAAGCGAACAAUGGACAGUUCACAUCAAGGCUCUAAAAAGACGAAGUCCAUAAAGUUCACUCAGGUUGAAUUUAAAUCUGCCGAGGAAAAUAAUUCCAUCACUCUGCCAACAAUGGCCUCUGGAGUCACCCCACUAGUUCCUACUUCAGGUAAUUUAUCUAAUUUCACAAUGCGUACGCCCUUCUUCAACCAAACUAACGUGAACAAUACCAACAAUAGGAUGGACAAUUUUAUUCCUUCGAAUAUUGGCCGCGAGUAUAACCAAAAUCUGGGACAUAAUGAGAACCAUAUGAAUAUCGCGCCAACUAUUAUGCACGGUAGAGUGAACCCAUACGUAAAUUUAACUGCAAACAGAUAA